AUUUAAGAUUAUGGUCCACAUACAUUAGCCUACAUGAUUUUUUUCUAAUUCUUUAUUCGUUCUUUUUCUGUCCUUCCUCCCCAUAGACAUACCUACCGGUAUAUAUGUCUACGCUCCUACCGACCCAUGGUAACAUUUAUUUUGUAGUUUUUGCAGGGUACUUUUAUUAUGACACAGUGGACCCGGUAGUUGUUGUUUUCAGACAGUGGUCAUGUGAGCUGUUGCUUUUGCGAACUCAAAGCUUCCUGAAAUAUAUUUGGAUGUUAACCUAAUUCUACCUCAGAAACUUCAAUGCAAUUUAUCUACACAUAACCAACCAUGCGGAGACGGCCAGUGUCGGUCGGUCAGAAAUAUGCUUCUGAAAAUAGGUCUGGUUUGGAGAAGACCGAAUCAGACAAGGUGAAACCACAGUUCCACUGUGAUCUGUGGAUAUAUUUCACCAUUCAAAACUGGAUACUUGACUUUGGCAGACCCAUUGUAAUGAUCAUCCUUCCUCUGGAAUGGUUCCCUCUAAACAAACCCAGCGCUGGGGACUACUUUCAUAUGGCUUACAACGUCAUAACACCCUUUCUUCUUCUCAAGUUGAUCGAGCGCAGUCCUACUGCUUUACCUCGUUCUGCGGUAUACAUCAGCAUCAUCACAUUCGUCAUGGGUGCCAGCAUACAUUUGGUGGGGGACUCUAUCAACCAUCGCCUCAUCCUGAGCGGUUACCAGCUACACUUAUCUGUCAGAGAAAACCCCAUCAUCAAAGAUCUCAAGCCUGCAUCACUGAUUGACUCAUUUGAACUGCUUUACUAUUAUGAUGAACACCUGGGGCAUUUGAUGUGGUAUAUUCCAUUCUUUAUCAUUCUUUUCCUUUAUUUCACUGGCUGUUUCACACAUGUGAAAGAGCAGAAACAAAUGCCUCUGACUGGAUGGAUUCUCUUAGGUCCUAGUGCCCUCUACUACUGGUAUCUUGUAACCGAGGGCCAGAUUUUUAUCUUGUACGUCUUCACUUUCUUUGCCAUGGCAGCUACUGUCAUUCAGCAGAGACAGAAAGGAUUUGUCCUGGACAGCAAUGGCGUCUUCCUUUUCUACAACUUCAUUUUAACGCUGGGCCUUGUGGGGGUAUGGGUUGCAUAUCUCUGGAACGAUGAGGUGCUGCGGAAGAAGUAUCCUGGUGUCAUAUAUGUCCCUGAGCCCUGGUCAUUUUAUACAUUAUACAUAAAAGACAGCCAUUAGGCUCUACUGUAUUUGUUAACCGAAGGUCAAGAUCCCAUCGUGGCAGGUACCUAAAAGUGAAUGCUGCAUAAGCUCUCAUGCAAGUGGAAGUUAAAUCUCUGAAUCUAUUCCUCUGAUUUUCAAAGCUGUUACCUUGAUUGCUUUACCCUACACUGAUGGAGGUUGUGUUACAGCUGAGCUCGGAUUGUUUUCGUUGGAGAUACACACAGAGAUUCAACCGGUGCUUAGUGUGCUGUCUGUUCUAUUGAGUGAAAGCAUUUGUUAUCAUUGAAAGCCAAAUGUACAUGUGAUAUACACUGUUAAUGCAUACAACCUGUUGUACACAUUUCCCGAAUAUACUCUGCUGCAUCUAACUUUUUUAAGACCCAUUAAAUAUAUUUGUUUUGCC